AUGGACAAAGCUUUCACCUUCAUCGUUGACCACACGGCUCAAGCUGGCCUUGCAUCUAAGCGAAAGCUCAGGCGCCGUCGAGGAGCAUGUGGGAACUGCAAGCGCAGAAAAGUGGCAUGUAAUGGAGCGAUGCCAUGCCAGCAUUGUCAUAAAGCGUCCAUCAGCUGCCAGUACGCUGAAACCAAGCGCUCCGCUCGUAACACAGCCCCAAUCAGCGAGGCCGAUACUACAAUCCGGCAAACAAUGACUUCAGACAUCAGUACUUCAUCAAGU